CUUGUGUAAUAGUUGUUAUCUGUCAUGCUGAAAUACUGUGUAUAUGACUAAUCGUCUCCAUGAGUACAAAUAUCGUCGUAUUUUUUUUUUUUUUGUGUGUUUGACAAGUGACAUGUUAGCACAUCGGGAUGGAUACCAUACAUGAUGUGAAACAUAAUUGUGGGCUGUGUUCCUGUGUAUUGCAUGUAAUUUCGGUAACUGUACGUUUCGACCGUGAUGAAGUUUGAUAGCAUUUUUAGACUGGCAUGGGUGACAGAGUGACCACGCCUGCCCCGGCCACUGCAGGCCCUCCCACGCGACAUCGGCCGUGGGAACCUGCAACUGCUGAAGCAAAGUCUGGUGUUACAUCCUUGGCAGACAUUUUUGAUACAGCCUUCUCAUCUACAGUUGACCGUCCUGUGGAUAAUACUGAAAAUUUCUCUGCAGGUCCUGGUGAUGCAGACUUCGAUCAGCUGCUGUCCGACAAUGAUCCACUGUUUGCAGACAGUGACCCUGACGCAGAUGAAUCAGUAUUGGCUACAAGCCUCGAUGAGUACUAUGGCUUCAGUACAGAUGCUGGGGCUGUAGGGGUGGAUGUGGCAGUGGGAGGGCAUUGGUCAGCAGCGGUUCAGCCAUCACCAUCAGUUCUGCCUGGCAGCUCUGCACUUGCACCCCCACCUCCACCUCCACUCCCACCACCUGAACUGUUCGACUUGGUAAGACGCAAAAGAUCACUUCGAGAGGAUCGCAGUGCCUGUGCUGUUGCUGCUACUGCUGCUGCAAAACUGAGAGCGAGAACAAGGGGCAUAUCCUCUCCCUCGAGUUCCUCCACUGACUUCGUUUUCUCACCAGGGCCUUCAGUAUCUAGUCGACAAAAUUCUCAAGGAUACAGCCAGCCAGAUGACGGUCCAAGUGCUCCUGAUCUCCAGCUUGAUUGGCUCUCAUCUGGUAGUGAUGCUGAUGACACUGAUGAUGAUAGCGGCAUUGAAGUUCUUGGAAUGCAUACACUUUAUGAGAAUGGUUCGACAGCACAGCAGUCUCAAAAUGUACAGCAGCAACAGGAACAGCAGCAGCAGCAACAACAACAACAACAACAACAACAACAAGAACAAGAACAGCAGCAGCAGCAGCAAUACCAACAGCAACAACCUCAACAACAACAGCAGCAGCAGCAACAACAACCACAGCAGCAGCAGCAGCAGCAGCAACAACAACAGCAACAGGUGGACAUGCAACAACAACAGCAGCAGCAGCAUGAGCAGGAAAGGCAAAGAAGACAGCUGCGGAGACAUUAUAUGAGUGAACGUCAGCAUCAACAAACAAUGUAUACACCAAGCACGAACAUCUAUGUUCAGGCAGCUGCUCAAGCUUCUCAGAUAUUACCGCAACCUACUGAUAUACUUGCACAGCAACAGCACUUCGAAUUUUGUUUGGAGCAUCCAUCUGAACAAGUGCCAAUGAUGCAGCACCAGCAGCAGUCUCAGCAGCAGCGACAGCAGCAACAAAGCACGGUUGGAAAUAGUCAAAUGAAUACCGAUAGUGGUGCAGUGCCUGUUGUUGAUUUGACUCAGGAAUCUGACGAGGAGAUGCCUAUGGUUGCCCCAGUGCCAUUAACAUCAAUACCACCAGGAGGGACACGACCAGGCAUUAUAUCUAGGCAUCCUGCACGAUUGAAUUAUCCAGCAGUGCCAGCACCUGCCCCUGCGCCAACAUCAUUCUCGGUCGGCUGUCGAGCAAGAUGUCGAAGUAGGGGUGACUUAGCAUCUACAGUUGGUCCUACAUCUAUGGGACCUGUUACUGGACAUCUGGGGAGCUCAGUUGGCCCUGGACCUGGUCCAAUUGCCACUGACUCACAUCGAUGUUACUCGGCACCUUGGAUGCACCCCUGUCCUGCUGUUACACCACACGCUCAUGGCCAUGUUCACAGUCACAGCCACACACAUGGUCACAAUCAUAAUUCUCAUGGAUACAGUGGUGGCCGGUUUUAUGUAGGUGAUGCACCACUACAACGAAUGGCACAAUUCCAGUAUGGCGGUGUUAACUCAGGGCGCCCUACUACAGGUGCCUUUCCAUAUCUGGCUCCACCUCCUCCUCCUCCCCCUCCACAACCUCGUAUCUAUCCUGUCCAUGAGCGACUGUGGCAUACUCAACAGCGUAUACAGGAGAUACAGCGACGACAACAUUCUUUGCAUGUGCAACAGCAGCAGCAGCAGCAACAGCAGCAUAGCCGAAGCUUGAUUGGCCGUGGUGAAGAUGAUGCUUAUUGCCGUCUUCAGCAGGGAGCCAGCCGACAUUCUUGUCAUGCUGCUCCACCUCCUCCACCUCCACCACUGCUUGCUCCACAGCAGCCAACUGUUUACAGUCGGCCUGAGGUUGUGCCGGCUCCUGCUCCAACAGCUGCACCACCUACAGGAGCUGCUGCCGCCACUGCAGGCUGGACGCCAGAAGCAGAUGUUCUCACAUCGAGUACUGUGCUUUCAUCACCUCCAACAAUCAUGCCUGACUUGCACACAGAAAUUGUUGUCAGCUCUCCACCUACUGUUGGCAUGGAAGCCACUCACCAACAUGUGCACCAUCAUCUGUAUCACUAUCACCAGCCGGGACAUCGCAUGCACCACCUGCAUAUCAGCAUAACCCCUACAGUUACUGCUGGUAGUACCAGCCCUGAGCUGGUGUUUCCGCCAGUUCUAGCGCCUGAGUUAGUUCCUUUUCCUUUCCUGGCUCGACAUAUGACAGCGAGACUCGAGGAUUAUGUCCGUGUAGUGGAGCAGCGUCGUCUUGCCCAUGCCAAUCGUGGUGCUGAUCAGGAGACAAUUGAGCGUUACACAUUUCCUCAUAAAUACAAAGUGUUCAAGAGAAGAACAGAUGAUCUGGAAGACAACACAGAGAAGUGUACUAUAUGUCUGUCAGAAUUUGAAGAAAAUGAAGAUGUCAGACGCCUGCCAUGCAUGCACCUCUUCCAUGUCGAGUGUGUUGAUCAGUGGCUCAGCACAAAUAAACGUUGCCCCAUCUGUCGUGUGGACAUCGAAACUCAUCUCAACAAGGACUUGCAGACAACUUGACAGCUGUUUGUGUGUGUAGACAGUGAAUAAUCUUCAGCCAUCACACCCAGUACAGAAUCUUCUGGCUUCUGUAGUGGUGCUUCCUGAAGACAUCUUUAGUCUUUAUAUUUAAUGUUAAGCUAUUGUACUUUGAUUGAUAUAAUUCAAGGUGGGGUGUCCGAUUGCGUGGGCAUGAAAUUAAGGCAUCAGUUUAGAUUAUUAUUAUUAUUAUUAUUAUUAUUAUUAUUAUUAUUAUUAUUGUUAUUUUUAACCAGGAUGAUUACACUAGGUUGCAAAAUGCUAAUGAAGUGUGAUUACUGCAGGUUUCUUUUUCCAUCCAAGUCGUGUGACGUGGCCUGCUUGUUUUUUAGAGUUACCAUAUGUUCAUGCUAACAGCUGAUUGCAUUGUUCUUAAAGUCAAAACACUGUAGGCUAAAUUGGGGAAUAUUACUAUGUUUAUUUUGUGAAUAUAAAGUAUUUAUUAAAAGUUGAAUCAACGUAAUAAUCGUGAAGGAAUGGAAUCCUCUGCUCCCUGAACAAUAAUUGUAUAUACAAGAAAAAAAAUGAGAACAAGCUUUAUUGUGCCUAUUAUCUAAAUAUAAAUCAGUUAUUAAAAACGCCAGCAACAUAAUAAACUUUAAGGUGUGGAAUCCUCUGCUCAACAAAGAAGAAUUACACAUAAAAUUAAGAAUGAGUAUUAACAGACUCAAUUCCAGAUGAAUGAUGACUGGUAUUUAGGCUUACUUAAAACAUCAGAAAAUCAUACUUGCUAGUAUUAGUAUAAUACCCCUCUUCCUCCUUCCCCCUCAGCUCUCUCUCUCUCUCUCUCUCUCUCUCUCUCUCUCUCUCUCUCUCUCUAUCUCUCUCUCUCUCAGCUUUGUGUGUGUUACCAGAAUUAACUCAUAUUUUCUCACUACUGCAGUGUGUCAUGUGGCUCCCCCUCUCCUCCUUGACAAUACUCAAAAUGUCAUCUUGUAUCAACCUUGCCCAGCAUGUCUUCCUUCCUCCCAGCUACUCAGUCUUUCAUUUCACCACACCCUCCUCACACACACACACACACACACACACACACACAUCCAGUUAACUGCUCAUAAACAGUCUGUGUGUGUGUGUGUGUGUGUGUGUGUGUGUGUGUGUGUGUGUGUAGUAGUAGAACACAACAGAAUAAUUUAUUUUCUUGUUAUCUGUCCCCCAUAACAGCUAUCCAUUGAUGACCAAGAUAUAUAUAUUGCAAAAUAUUGCCAUGUAUUCGAGACAAAAUGAAAUGUCUGUUAACUAAUUUUAUAAAUACGUCUCAAACAAUAAAAAAAAAAAAAAUGUUAUUGACUGAUGCAAUCUGUAACAUUGUAAUGGUGUUAUGAAUUUUAUUAUUAUCAUCAUCAUCACCAUAAUACAUAAUCAGUGGAAAUAACACCAAGUACUUGUCCUUUUUUGCAAAAAGAAAGUUUAAGCUGUCAAAUAACAGAUUAACUUUUCAUGGUUUGGGUUCAUAGUCACAUAAAACUUUUUAAAAGACAUCAUAUUUGCCAUUGGCUGAAAAAUUAUUUAUUUGUGCUGUUGCAGUUUCAGCCUUAUGGCCAUAAUCUAGUGGUAUAUUGCAAAAGACUGCAUUCUCACACAUGUCAGAUCUAAAAGUCAUCUGACAUGUAUGCAUGUCAUGGUCAUAUUUAAGAGCAGUAUGAAAUUGGAAAUAUAUGCUACUGACAACAUAAAACAGGCAUUGAGCAGCAGACAGAGACAUUUAAAAGUAGACUAAGCUAUCGGACUAAGUCCUCCUUGAGAUGUAAUGCCGAGAGAUGACAGUAUCUCUGUGUCCUUGUCCGUGCGGCGUGUGUGUGUGUGUGUGUGUGUGUGUGUGUGUGUGUUUGUAUAUACCUGUGAAGAUGAAGAAGUGCUUUGCCCAAUAGCUUAGUCUACUUUUAAAUGUGCCUUUCAACCCCUCAGUGCCUCUUCUAUUUGGUAAGUAGCAAUCUGUCCUAUGUCAUCUUGGGAUUUUUGACUGUUAGUAUAUUCAUUUAAGUGUACACUGUUGAGAUGUUAUAUGAUUUGGAGAAUCCUACUUCUUCAGCAAUGAUUUCUGAAAUGUUUUGUAGAUAGUUAUUUAGACAGCACAGCUUUUGUCCCUUCCUUUCAAGUAUAUAACUCUACAUUUCAUAUUUCCAAAUUCAAACUGAUUGUGUUAGUAGUUGGUGACAAUUUCAAGUUUCAUUUUCAGUUAUUUCUUCUCUCAAAAACAACACAGUGACAAAUCAGAAGGAGGUAGCUAUGCCAACACUGCAGAACUUGCUUUUUAUUAUGAGUGCAAUUACAACUUCACCUUGAGCCAGGAGAGAUGUAAGCCCUCAUGCUCUAACCUCCCUUGAAAUUGGGAUAGCAAAACUGAUGUAUUCCACAAAGACAAUACAGAAAAAGACUUCUAUAUUUGUUCAUAGCAAGGCUGCACAAUCAAAGCUGUUGAGCUAUGCCUCUUAGCUUCUCAUAGCGAAGUGAAGAGGCAUACAGGUACUUUGUUGUAAAUAUCCAUCGCAUUGAUGCUUUCAUUGAAGUAUAAACUGUAAACAUAAAAUGAGUAAGAGAAAUAUAACGCUGCACACAGUUCUCAGCAUAUGAGCACUUCAGUGUCAAAUAGCCCAUAUUGCCUUUUCCUACGGAUAAAGAUAAUACUAAACUGUUACUACAGCCCUCGGAGUUGAUUCUGCUGUAUAAUUUGUUCAAAUUGAGAAAAAGUAUCAUGUCAGGAAUUCAUGAUAAUGAAAUUUGAAAAUAGAUAAAUAGUAUCUGUUUUUAGCAAUUGAAAACAACAUUCUUAUGCUGAAGGAAGAAUGCUGCAAGUUCCAUAGUACUAGAAAAAUUAAUGGACCUAUUUUGUUUAGCAUGUGGAAGAUUGCAUUAGACAUUAGUUGCAUCUUUGUGCACAGUCUAGAUAUCAGUUAUCAUAUGAUAUAACUGUAGAAAAAAUCUUUUAAUCAUUACUUUACCUGGGCCUCUUAUUUUUCUGGUUUUAUGACACUGCAGUUAAAGUUACUGCCUUUGAGCAUCCAUUUGAAUAUACAAAUACCUGUAAAUUAUUGUUGCCAUAUAACAUUUUUGGAAACAGUGGACUUUCAGUAUAAAUGAAUGAGAUCAGUUAGUGUGUUUUUCAUGUUUCUGGCAUGACAAAUAUUUUAUUUCUGUUCUUGAUACACCAAUUAAAAAUGAGAUGCAUAAAAAUAUUUUAUUGUGAACUUUCUGAUGGUUACACUUGUAACUCUUAAUCACUAAUAUCUUGCUUAACCUACUUGGUUUUUCUUUUUACAUAAAAACUGAUGCUUUAAUAAAUGAUCUUGAAAUAUUUCUUCCACAUACAAGGUUUUUGGUCAGAUUUUAUGCAACAUUUGUCUGUGUUUUAGUGGAUGUCAGUUUUUACCACAUCAAUUUUACAUUUUUUUCUUGUAAUAGCCAAUGAGGUACAUGUCUUUAACUCUACAAAACUUACAGUAUAGUUCUAAAUACAAAUCCCUACUUACAUGUCAUUGAGUUUCAUUGCCAAACUUCAGUUUCAGCAUUCUUCCCACAGAAUUUCCCAUGCCCUAGAACCAUUGUUUAUUGCACCACAUUUUCUAUCUUGGCAGCAUAAAUUUAUCUUUGUGCAAAGAUCAAAUAAUUUACACUAAUGGUCAUUAGGUUUCUUGUAAUUUAAUCUAUCUUUUAUUUACUAAAUUUAACAGCAGUGAAAUCUCUUUUCACGCAGAAAUUAUUCAUCAAAAUCUCACCCCCAUUAAAAGGUUUAGAAUUACAAUCUAACUUUUAUUCUUCUUCAAGAAAUCUUUGUAAUGGUCCCAGAUAUAUGGCUAGACUGAACUGAAUUGCUGAAUUGUAGUGUUGUGCUUUGUUAAGGUGACAUUCACGUUCAUCUUUGCAGUGCUAUCUUACUAGACUAACAUUAGGAGAUUCAAAUCCAACAAGUUAAAUGAGUUUACAGAAUCAGUUCAACAACAGUGGGAAAAUUUAAUUCGUAGUUUUAUUUGUUGUAUUAUCUCUGUUGUUACAAUUUCUAGGUAUCUUUGGCCCACAAAAUUAAACUAUAUGUGACUAAUCAAAUACUAACUUCCCAGAAUGAAUGAAGCAAGACAGUGGCGUUUUUCAUAUGCUCAUUUAUUAAUUUUUCAUGUACGAAGAUGUACUCUGAAAGUGUUACAUCUAGUUUAGUUUUGCUCCAUUUUUGUGCACACCUUGUUUUAAAUUUUUGGUUAAUUUUAUCUUGUGUGUGACUUUUAUUAGAGUGGCCUUGUUAGUAACACACUUCAUCAUAAAUUUGUUCCUCCUUUCUGAAAACUUACUUUGUAGCAGAAAACAGUAAAAGUUUAUAUUGUAUACCUUUUUAUUUAUCUGGAUUGAUGUUUUUUAUUUCUUGAGAAAUCUAUACAGAAUAUUGCAAUUCAUGAACCCAUGUUUCUGUAGAAUUUUAACUGUGUUCACACUUUGCUUUUGCAAAAAUGGACAUGAUAUUUUGUUUCAACUGUGUGUGGAUAUAUUUUAUUAGUUUUGAUGUUUCAGAGGACAUCUUUUGGCCUCUCUCUUUCUGUAUAUGUUUCUGGUGUAGUGACUGUAUUGUGCUUUACUUAGUGUCAGUCUCUUAUGUAGCCAAUAGCAACAGUUAGAACUGAAAAUGACGAGACAUACCAUGUCAUCAUUUAAUAUCCACAAUGGAUGAACUUCUCACAUGGCAUAAAAAAGUUAUUUUUUAAUGAGUCAUCUUAAUUGGUUUGUUAUGGUAUCUGAUUGACUGACAAAUAUCCCUUCUAAAUAAUAUGGAUAUGCAUAUUGCAAUAAUUAAAAGCAGUUUUUGUCAUCUUUCAUCCUUUCAGUUUGAUAGUUGCUCUACAUGUGAUUGUAAAUAAACCUGAUACUGUCUAGUCGUAAGCUACCUCUGGAAUGUCACUGCUCCUUUUUUUUUAAUUUUGUUUUAAAUAUACCUCAGUACAUAAAUUUAUGUAAACAGUGUUUAGUUCCCAAUAUUUCUUACAUGUUGUAAAAUAUGUACUUGUUAUGUUUUGUAUUUCUGCAGUGUUCUGUUGGGUAUCCUCAUUAUUGAAAUUUCCAGAAUUAGUUGCAAAAUAUUGUGAACAAAAUAGUUAGAACUUUGGAAACUGCGUGCAGCAGUGAAAGUUUUGGAAACUGUGACUGCCCUUUGUUCUAAUAAUAUUAUUACAGAUUUAGAACUAAAACCAGGACAUGCAUACUUCCAUGCUUCCAAUUAAACAGUAAUUCAUUUUCUGUGUCAAUCUUAUAAUAAUGAAUGAAGUGUCAAAAAUUGUGAUACAUAUUUAAUAAACUGCCAGAAUCGGUCUUUCAUCAUAUUUAAGUCAGUGGUAUCUGGAAAAGAAACAAACUGUAGGAAGUGUUCUGAAUGUUAUUGGUCAGCAUGAAUUGUAUAGUCUUAAUAAAAGUUACUUACCCCACAUUAAUCAUUUAUUGUGAAAAGGAAAGAUAAUAUGCUACAAUUUUUCUCUUUUGUUGAGCUUCCGUGAAGGACUGACUGGAAGUGAAGUAUACCAGUGACUAUGAAUCAGUUUUUAAUGCUAUUUUGCUGUGUGAAUGAGAUAACUUGCUUUAUAUUAUAAAUGUAUUUCAGAUUAGAGGGUGAAAUGUUGAAAAAAAUAUGAUGAAGUACCACAUUUUUAUUGGACAUUGUGUGUUUAAUAAAAUUGUAAUUGCGACUAGA